UAAUUAGAAGGACAUUUCUUCUCUUUGACUCCGACACGCGACAAGAGGCUACAAGCACAAACAGCAACUGGAUCCGCAUAAUGAGGGUUUAAAUAUCUGCUGAAAMCCCGAGAAACAAAUCAGAUCGGCAGCUCUUUAAACGCUAUGAUCUGCGGAGACACCAGCCGCCAUUCUUYAAACUUCCGGAAACAACUGGCMCUCUCGUCACAUGACAGCGGUCACGUGACUUGGAAGAAAACAGGAAGUUGUUACUGUGAGUGUCUGAGUCGGGUUUUAGAGAAGUGGAUUUUAACAGCUAUUAUUCAACAGAGGUGGAUGUGAAAAAUCACAGCCUGACCGAUGAACGGUGCCGAGAGGAGGACUGCAGUCAGCACAAUGCGGUGGUAAGGAGUGUGUUUGSUUUUGAGAAGUUUACACAGGAAUGCAUCCCCUCAGAGCAGGUGUGUGGUGUUUUCCUGAAUGCUGGGAAUCACAGCAGGAAAACCAAACGACCCAAAGCUGACGAGCUCAGCAGGGAAACCCUGAACUCACUGGUUUUUAGAAAUGGAUCGGCCGCUGCAGGGAGGACAGUCGUCCCGGCGCUGUUGUUCUUACAGCACCCUGAAGUCCUGGCUGCCCAUUCUCUCCUGGUUACCCAAGUACAGGGUGAGGUACCUGCAGAUGGACCUGCUGGCGGGCCUCACUGUCGGGCUGACCACCGUACCACAGGCUCUCGCUUACGCGGAAGUGGCUGGACUUCCUGUUCAGGUGAGGUUAAGUUUGAUGAACAUGAUGCUUUUUACUGGUUCCCGUUUGCAGAACAUUCUGGGAAUCCRGGAUGUCCCCCACCAGUUCUUCCUGGAGGUUUACUACACCUUCCACAAGAUCCCAGAGGCCAGAGUGGGCGACGUGGUCCUGGGCCUGGUUUGUCUCGCUCUGCUGAUCGCACUGAUGUUCAUCAAGUCACAUCCGGGYUCUGACCACGGAUCAUCAGUCCACUCCAGAUUCGCCAAUAAACUGGUGUGGGCUGUGGCCACCAUGCGUAAUGCCCUGGUGGUCGUGGCUGCAACUCUGGUGGCGUUUUCCUGGGACGCUUUUGGACAUCAUGUGUUCACCAUCACUGGGCACACGACUCAGGGACUCCCGCCGUUCAGCCCCCCGCCCACCUCGGACACCACGUCCAACGGCACCGUCGUCUCUUUUAGAGAGAUUGUAGAGGACUUUGGAGGAGGACUGGCUGUGAUCCCUCUCAUGGGUCUGUUGGAGAGCAUUGCUAUCGCCAAAGCUUUUGCCAGUCAGAACAGCUACAGGAUCGAUGCCAACCAGGAGCUGCUGGCCAUAGGCGUGACCAACAUCAUGGGCUCCUUCGUGUCAGCGUACCCCGUCACCGGCAGCUUCGGACGGACGGCGGUGAACUCUCAGACGGGGGUUUGCACCCCAGCUGGAGGUAUCGUUACCAGCGUGAUCGUGCUGCUGUCGUUGGCCUUCCUCAUGCCGGCUUUCUACUACAUCCCCAAAGCUUCUCUGGCCGCCGUCAUCAUCUGCGCCGUGGCUCCUAUGGUUGAUUACUGUGUCGUGAUAAAGAUGUGGAAGAUACAUCGGCUGGACCUGCUUCCUUUCGGGGUGACRUUCCUGCUGAGCUUCUGGGAGGUGCAAUACGGCAUCAUCGGUGGUGUGGCCGUCUCCGGAGCCCUGCUGCUGUACGCCAUGGCCAGACCCAAGAUAAAGGUGUCUGAUCACGGUGUGUUGGUGAUUGAGUUGAGCAGUGGGCUCAGCUUCCCUGCUGUGGAGCAUCUCAGCCACAUCAUUCACACUCAGGCUCUGCAGACCUGUCCUCCGAGGUCCGUGGUGUUGGACUGCCACCAUGUGAGCAUCAUAGAUUACACGGUGAUCAGCGAGCUGACGGACCUGCUAAGGCAGUUCAAACUGAGAAAGGUCAAGCUGAUGUUUUCCAGGCUGCAGCCCGCCGUGCUGAAGGUUCUCCUCGCAGCUGAUCUGCAAGGCUUCAAAUACACCGACAGCGUGGAAGAGGCGCUGCAGACGGAGUCGGCAAGCCUUCUUGGCGACUAAAACCCGACCUGAUCGACCUCCACCUGCAGAGGAGAUGUUUAGGUUUACACAGAUCAUGUCUUAUGUGGGAUUUUUUAAAACACACUUUACUGACAGUCGAAGGAACYUCUCAGAAACAUGCACUUAAGAUUGUGUCUGUUAAAUGUGUUAUCRCGUKUAUUAUCUACCUAAAGUAACAUUCCAGUUUGUUUGAGGAGAUGUUUAACACCAUGUUGUUUGUUAUAGUGUUUUACAUUUCAUAUAAAUAUUUUUUUUUUCUUUUCUUCCAUUGACCAAGUUAGAUUUUAAGAAUUAAAAAAGUGGAAAGAAAAAUGGAAGUGAUGCUUCAAGAAAAACUAACAUUAAAUAAUGUGUUUUCGAAAGUUGAAUAUUUUCUUUAUGUGAAUGGAGAAGUUCUGUCAAAGUGAAGUAAUACAUAAAUGUCUUUGAUUAACGAUAUACAUAUUUUUUUACUGGAACUUGUAUCAAAUAAACACAUACAUUUUUUUUA